UUCACGGUGCGGCGGCUGCGGCGGGCGCGGCGGGCGCUGCCGAUGGGCCGGGCCCGGGCUGCCGGAGCGCCGGGAGCCGGCAGGCAUGCCCCGGACACUGAGUGCCUCCGACAUGGUCACCCCGGGCAGCCUCAGCCCGCCUCCCACAGAAUCCACAGAAGGCGAGCAGGCUGGACAGCCCCUCCUGGACGGAGCUCCAUCUUCAGCCUCUCUGGACACUCUGAUUCAGCACCUAGUGCCCACAGCCGAUUACUACCCCGAGAAAGCCUAUGUCUUCACUUUCCUGCUGAGUUCACGCCUCUUCAUCGAGCCCCGGGAGCUCCUGGCUCGGGUGUGCCACCUGUGCAUAGAGCAGCAGCAGCUGGACAAGCCGGUGCUGGACAAGGCCCGAGUCCGGAAGUUUGGGGCCAAGCUGCUCCAGUUGUUGGCCGAGUGGACUGAAACCUUCCCCCGGGACUUCGAGGAGGAGUCCACCAUUGGACACCUAACAGACGUCGUGGGCCGCAUCGCCCCGUGUGACGAGACCUACGGGAACAGGAUGCAUCAGCUCCUGCAGACCCUGCACCAGAAACUGGCAUCACUUGGCCAGGGGCCAGAAGGCCUGGUAGGGGCGGACAAGCCCAUCUCGUACAGGACCAAGCCUCCAGCCUCCAUCCACAGGGAGCUCCUAGGUGUCUGCAGCGACCCCUACACGCUGGCCCAGCAACUGACCCAUGUGGAGCUGGAGCGACUAAGACACAUAGGACCCGAGGAGUUUGUCCAGGCUUUUGUGAACAAGGACCCCCUGGUGGGCACAAAGCCCCGGUUCAGUGACAAGAGUAACAACGUAGAGGCCUAUGUGAAGUGGUUCAACAGGCUGUGUUAUCUCGUGGCGACUGAGAUCUGCAUGCCAGCCAAGAAGAAGCAGAGAGCCCAGGUGAUCGAGUUCUUCAUUGAUGUGGCCCGUGAGUGUUUCAACAUCGGCAACUUCAACUCCCUCAUGGCCAUUAUCUGGGACUGUCCAGGCUGGAGGAUCCCUCCCAGCUCUAUACGCCUUCUUCCAGCCGGUAUGAACAUGAGCCCUGUCUCCAGGCUGAAGAAGACUUGGGCCAAAGUGAAAACAGCCAAGUUCUUCAUCCUAGAGCACCAGAUGGACCCAACGGGGAAUUUCUGCAACUAUAGGACAGCCCUGCGUGGGGCGGCUCACCGCUCCCUGACUGCCCACAGCAGCAGAGAGAAGAUUGUCAUCCCCUUCUUCAGUCUGCUCAUCAAGGACAUCUACUUCCUCAACGAGGGCUGCGCCAACCGCCUUCCCAAUGGGCAUGUCAACUUUGAGAAAUUUCUGGAACUGGCCAAACAGGUUGGAGAGUUCAUCACCUGGAAACAAGUGGAAUGUCCUUUUGAGCAAGAUCCCAGCAUCACCCAUUACCUGUAUACCGCCCCCAUCUUCAGCGAAGAUGGUCUGUAUUUGGCUUCCUAUGAGAGUGAGAGCCCAGAGAACCAGACAGAAAAGGAGAGGUGGAGAUCCCUAAGAUCUUCUAUUCUGGGGAAGACAUGAGAAGCCGAGACAGAGGAGGAGGAGGAGGAGGAGGAGGAGGAGGAAGCAAUGGAGCUGACAGCCCAUCCCAGCCCUGUCACAGAUGGCCCAACAGGUGGAGGUUGACGCAAAGCCUCGCUACUUUGCAAACCAGACCCUGUGGCCUGGCACCUGCCACAAUGGCCGCAUUGGCCUAGGAAACCUUUUACGGGAUCUCAGCCCUGGCUGACCUGCAGGGCCUCCAAGAGCAUGGGUAACAUGCCUUGGGCAAACUUUGCCUUCAUGACCAAGUGGGUCACAUACUCAGUCUGUCCAUUCUGGACAGGGACACGGCGCUACCCCAAUGGGCUGGGCGACUGCAAUCACAUGAUCUUGUUAAGAUCUAUGGAGAUGAACACCGCCAUCUGUCACCAGGUGGCUUGGGAGCCUCUAAAACAGCAACAGGCAUCAUGGUGCAACAUGGGAUGUGCCUGCACCAGCUCAGAGCCCACUCUGGCCCCUGGCAUUCUGCUGAUGGGCCCCUGUCCUGCCCCUGCCGGUGGACUUGUUUCUGCAGUCACCCAUCUCCUUUCGCAUCCUGCUGGUAUCAGGAUAGCCUUCCGGCGACAGCAGUGAACCAAGUCAGUAAGCCAAACCCGAGUCAUGGAGUCGGCAAUGUGUAUAUUAUGACCUUCUGCCUAGCUCCCUUGUAAACUUUAGAGUCGGAGUAAACACACACGUUUGUAUACCUA